AUGCAACGAGAUCAACAAGACUUGUGGGAGUCUGUUUUACAUGCCUUGCUUGCCGGCGUGUUGGACUAUCUCGAUAACCAUGACACCAAAGACGUGAAGGACAUGAUCGGAGCUGCGCUAUAUCCCUAUUUGUGCGAAGUCUGCUUCUCUCUUUCCGCCCCGAAGACAAGCGUGGAUCUGCGGUGUACUGCAUACAAUAUUCUGUCAGAUUCAGCUGCUUCGCAUCAACCAAAUCAAGAGAAAUUGCGGGAUAAGGACGUCCUCGGGGGAGAGCGUCUUGGUUCAUGCAUAUGGCGGACGAAAGACUAUCUCGCCAUCGAAGGCCUGCUCAACCUCUUCGCCCGCGCUAUACCUUCCACACACAAUAGCCCCACCGGCAGGUCCAGACGGACCGCAUAUAUCCACUCCGUCUUCAAAUCUUGUGCACCCCAAGAAGCCACUGCUACGGGUGACGAGAUCGUUGAACUGCUGGAGAAUGUGCCUACUAGUAAUUGGGACGAUACUGCUAUGAAGAUUGUCGACGUGCUGUCGAGGGGAAGCAUCUCUUGCCCGCAACCGUUUGCUGUUGCGGAAGUGAUCGCAUGUAGCCAUGUAUAUCAAUCCGACCGGCUAUAUGCGGAUGAUAAAGGCCUCUUGGUCAACAUCCUGCUCGGCGAGGACCAAUGCGAGUCGCUUGCGAUCGCAUACUCGUCCAUCCAGGACAUAGACGUUAGCCAAUCUGCGCAAGGUGCCGCGCGGGUUACUGUCUCUGUGCGAGAGCCCCCGCGGCUCGGGAAGGAUCCUAUCACCGCAGAGCAAAAUCCAGAUACGGUUAUCAAUCUCGACGUCGUAUUCGCCUUCAUAGCCAAGGACAUUCCUCGAUUGGUCGACGUAUUUCUGUCGAGAGGUCUGAAUCACGCUAUCCGCAGUAUCCCGGAAGCGUCUCGAUUAGCACAUGUACCUAAAUUGUCCCUUGCAGCAGAGCCCGCCAAUCUCGAGCUUGACAGCGCUGGCAGGUUUGUAAAAGAACCCAGUCAAACCGAGCGUAUCGAGACCGUAUCGCAAACAGCGUUUGGGCUCAGCGACGAGGAGCUCUCCGAGAUCUCUGACUACGACAGCCCUGUACCUCGGUCCAAGGUUCUUCGGCGCUCUAGCACAAGCACCAGCCUUGUCCGCGGACGGAUCUCGUUCCAACCCCUUCUUUCCACAAGCACUGGUACGAGCAGCUCCGCGACUCGUGUUGCUCGUGGUGGUGUAGGAAAAGUUGUGCUAGACUCUGACGACGACUCUCCUCCGGCGGCGCCUACUUCGCCUGCCUCCCGGCGCGCCAAAAGGAAAGCUGUCCUGAUUCGCGACCCCACUCUCGAAGACUCACUACCCGCUCCUGCCAAACUUGUUCCUGCAUUGCCUACUCCUAUUGUGUCUGCUGCUAUGCCUGAGCAUGUCGCCCCCGUGCCUUCCCGUGUUCCUACUGCCAUGGCCGACGCACCCGUCACUCCGUCUCUGCUACCGAGGGGUGACGUACCUAUGUCUUCCAGCGGUCCUGGCAAAGUCUUGCGCUUCUCUGACAUCCCUGCUCCCAAUUUCAACGCUCCCUUGUCCUCUCCUGUGGUCGCUCCGAAGUCUGCCCUCAAGAGUGCUCUUGUGAAGAAGCUUGCUCCAUCUCGACUCGCGAAUGCUGCGUUCCUCGAACCUGCUCCCUCUGCUACUGCUGCCGAGUCUGCUCCGCCUGCAUCCGCCUCUAUCAAGGACCUCAAGGCUUCCGCUAUCAAGGCGAGCGACAUUUUGGACGAUCUUGCUCCGCCAUCGAGUUCGCCAACACCAAGUGCCAAGAAGUCUCCGCACAACGUCACAUCCACGAAGAGAAAGUCUACCGCGCCUGCCGAUAAGGAGGAUCCGGAACCUCCUACACUCGAUAACGACACUUCGCGUCCCACUAAGCGUCCGCGCACCGUAGCCCAGAUACCGCCCCUGGUCAGCAAGGAUCCUAAACCUCAGAAGGGCAUCCUGGACGAACGAUCCGAGUCGAUUCUCCUUCGUCCUCGCGCCACCGCCGCCACUCGCGCCACCAAGAGGUAUCACGCAAAGGGGGGAAGAACUUCCUCUCCUGCUGCGGCCUCCAAUGCUACGCGCAAGAAGAGAGUGCCCUCUGUCGAUUACGAUGCUUUGCCUAGUCCUCCUCGCCCGCACGCUGCCGUCGUAAAACCCUCGUCACCCAUCCCGAUCCCUGAAGAAAAGCCCACUGCCAAGCCAAAACCCAAGGCUGCAGUGAAGCCGAAGGUUGACGCAAACCCCAAGAAAGAGGUGAAGGCACGCAAGGCCGACGGCCCCGCCACCACGACUAAGAAGCCUGCCGGCGCUGUACCUGCUCGAAAGACUGCUAUCCGCGCACCGAAGAAUGCGGAACAGGAGAUGGGCGAGACGCGCGACGCGGAGGCGACGGCUCCAGCGGAUGAUCGCCCUUCCGUCGCUCGUAAAGUGCCAGAACCCCGCCGCCCACAGCGGGCGCAACGCAAGAAGGCUCCCGUAGCGGUGCCGGUGAAUACCAUUGAUCGCAACGCAGAUGUUGAGGAUCUCUCACCUACCGACGAAUACAUGGAUGACGCCGUAGUCCCUCCGUUCGACUUCUCGGACUACACGGCACCACAGGUCGAUUGUGAUGUUCCGGAACUAUCGACCCUCUCCGUGUCUAAGCAACGCCGAGGCGGUGAAGUUAUGAUAGAGGAUGCCGUCGAUCCUACGCCAAUCUCUGCCUCUAAGAAAAUAAGCGCGACCCCGUGGGAUGCGGCUUUCGAACCCGUUUCUGAGGUCGUAUCUGGCCUGGAUGCGCUUGGCGGUGCAGGUCCUCUGCUGGCAAUCGGCGGUGAAGAAGAGCGCAUGGAAAUCGAUGAAUGUGGCUUUUCCGAACCCCAGCACCCCAUGGCGGAGCCUGUGCUUGUGGUUUCAGAACCCGCUUUUAAGGCACCCCGCAGCCUCCCUGUUCGCACUGAAGGAGUGGCAUCUGCAGUACCACGCCAGAAGACGCCGUCGACCAUCUCGAAGAAACUUGAUGUUGCACCGAUCACCCAUCGUCUCCCCGACUCUGCGUCGAAAUCUGUCUCUGCCCUAUCGCCCGCCGCUGUCAAGGCGGAAACCAUUGAUCUGACUCUCGACUCUCCUCCCAAACCUACGAAGCUCGCUCCAUCUUCCGUACGCGGACGUAUGCAGCCACCCACAUCUGCGUCGCCCAAAUCGCCAGUGACAGCGAUCUCCGACGAACCAAUGGCCAAGAUCACUAUCACAGAGAAUGAUGAUGCCGAUAUCCUCGCAUUCAUGAAGCAUCACAAAGUCCCCCUGCACAAGACUAAUAUCACUCCUCUGCGCGCCAGGGUCCUCACUCCCGAACACGAGGUUCCGCUCUUGCCGAUCCUCGACCGUCGUGGAGGUGGAGGUGUAGCUCAACGACGCUUGGACCAGGCGUACCAGAUGUCUCCGACAAAGCCCUCUCGCGAGCGCCGCGCCGUCUUUGGCCACGCAGAUAUGGGUGUUCGCAAGGACAGCCUCAGUUCCGAUGACCCGCAUCGUCUCAUCGACGUAUUGGGACAGCUGCAUGACGCCGUCGUGUACAGCAUCGAGAACAAAUUCGAAGGUGUCCGCCACCACGCGCGCCUUGGUCGCAAUGAACUUGUGCGCGACGCCGUAGCCGACCUAGUGGCCAUACGGGCGGAGAGCGUUGCUCAAUUCAACAAUCUCGUCGACCUCGAAGCCGAGUAUGCGACCUCCGGCCGUGGCCUGAUCCAUGGCAGCGAAGAUUGGCUGAAGACGAACCGUGAGCUCAGCCGAAGCCUGGCGCAGGUGCUGGAGCAGCAUGAUCGGACGAUGCUGUCGAAGAAGAUGCCGCCCAAGCUGAUCACCUCAAUGCUAAAAUAUGCCCGCCGCGGGAAUGGAAUGGACAUCUUCUUGCGCUCCCCGGGAUCACCCGAAUGGCCGAAGGCUAUAGACGCCGUCGCUACGGCGUAG